GUCGAAGGCAAUGUUGCCAGCCUUGUCUCACUCAAAAUGGAGAUACCGAUGAACUGUGAUAUGCGCAAACCAUUUUCUACCCUGACCAAAGAACAAAAUGUAUGAUUUUCUGAGAAACUAUUUAUCAAUACACAUUAGUUCCAUGGUGAAAGCUAAAAAGUUGUACAGCUGGCAACAGAGGCGACUCGCUGUCAAGUAGCUGACACAAAUGACAGACACGGUUUGACAUGAUUUUGACAAUUGACGCUUGUUUGCAGCAUGGACCCAAAAUUGGAAUUUUUGUUUUGAUCGGAAAAAAUUAAAAAAUAAAAUAUGAAAUUGCUCACACACAAUAUGUUGACUUCAAAAUGUAUGAAAGGAGUCAGUAUCGGGUACCCUCUAGCUAUAAAGGCUUUGGAUAUUAGGACUGUAGAAGUUGAUUUCAACCCCGAGUUUGUUGCCAAAAUGAUACCAAAAAUCGACUGGACAGUUUUGCACGGUGCAGCUGAAAGUAUAGGACAGACGGACUUGCCAAAAGAAGUGGUAGACAACUAUGAAAACAAUGAAGAAUUUUUAAAAAAGGUGCAUCAUGUUUUGCUAGAAGUAGAUGUUAUAGAUGGUGAAUUAAUUUGUCCAGAAACUGGACGGAAAUUUCCUAUAAAUAAUGGAAUUCCAAAUAUGCUUUUGAAUGAGGAUGAAGUGUGAAAUGUUGCAUUUAUAAAAAUUAUCUGAGAAUAUCACUUUAUUUAUUGAAAAUAAACUUACAGUAUCAUGCUUUGUCUAUACUUUUGAGUUUAUAUGAUACCAAUGUUUUCAUAUUGUAGUACUACAAUUAUCAUAUGUUCCAAUUAGCCAACACACAGAUAUCUGAAAAUAUAUUGUACUAUGUAAUUUAUAAACAAAACAAAAAAUAAUGACAAUUUUAUCAAAAUUGUUAGUUACUUUAUAAUUUGAUAAAUUUCCUAAGUUUGGUCAUCAUACUUAAAGACUUUGGAUAAUGUAACUCUUCAAUCUGAUCCUCUGGUUUCCAUAUUCAGAGAACUCCAUUUUCUGGCUGAAUCAAACAAGUGUAGACCUGUUAAUACUUGUCCGAUUGUUUACAUUGUGG